GAGGGCACCAGGUGCAGGAGAAAAUGGGACUUUUUUUCUUGCUGUGACUGUUGAAUAAUGAAUGAUGACAGACAUACACAAAACUCAGAUGCAAAUCUGUCAUCACACCUUUUGCUCUGCUGCUACGGUAUUUUGAUGGCAGAAAUGCCAUCUCUUUAUAGUAUCUAAGAAUAAUUUUGGAACCAUGUUUUUAGCUUGCUAUCUUGGUAUCCCACUCCUUUUACUGUGGCACUCUGCUACCCACUUACGAGGAUGGACUUCCUGGUAAUUUUGUUUGAGUCAAAGAAAUAAGUUCUGGAAAACAGCAGCCCUUUCCAGCUUGUUGCUUCUGACCUUUAAGAAGUUGAGGUUCCAAUUUCCUGAUCCAGAUGGUUGAGGAAAUCUUUCUAAUAGAGUAAAUCUCUACAGAUGCAAACAGUUCAUUAAUAAUUCAAAUUGCCUGAAUUAAGGCAGUCAUUCCAUUCUUUAUUCAGUGUUUGAAUUAGUGUAAUCUUAUUUCCUUUAUUUCCUGUACUGCCUUUACCAAAUCUUAUUUUGAUAUAGCAUAUGAUUAGGCCAUGUUACAAAAUAAGAUGUUGUAAGGGGUUCUAUUGAAUGAUUUUGGUGAUAAUAAUGUAGACAGUAAAUAAUAGAAUGUAUAUGAAAAUAAAUCUUUACAUAUAAAACUUAGAAAGGAUUACAAAUAGCUUGUGAUACUGUAUCAUUACAUCCAGUUAUUUGAAGAAGUAGAUGAUGAUGUUGAUUUCCGUAAAAAUACUUGAAGAAGGUGUUUCUGGUCAAUGGGAACAAUAUGGAAUUGAGUGGUAUCAGGUAGGAAAGUAAUUCUAACUUUUCUUUUACUCUCAAUGUGCAUAUAAGAAAGCAGAUGUUUAGAAGGCAAUUUCAUUCCAAAGCUACUGUACAGCUGCUAUACGGAACUCAGUGGGGCUGAAGUACUGGUUAACUCACACUGAACAAGCCUGGACUCUUACAGCACAAGAAACAGCAGAGCCCUGCAGACUGAGGCAUAUGAAGCUGAACUGAGCACAAGUGGAGAUUACCUUUUUGCCUCCAGAGUGGUUCGUUAUGGCAGCCUCCAGUGAACAAUGAAAUCCUUUGACAAAUAUAGAUGCCAAAAAGCCAGACGAAAACAGUGGCCUUGUUGCAUUUUUACUCCAACACAGUGAAAUGGUGCUCUUUAAGUUUUGUUACUGACUCUCACUGGAAAAAAACGAACUCCUGACUGGACCUUAUUUCCCCAGCCCUCUCCCAGUGUUCUUAUGGAUGCUUGACACAGUGACAUCAUGUAGUAGGCCCUGAAGUGUUGUCACAAUUAAGUUGCAAUGGUUUUAUACACUUCCCCAUUUCCCAACAGCUUUCUGUCAGUUCUGCAUUCUUUUUCCUGGGGCCUGAUUUUUCCAUGUUACUGGUUAGCAGAUAGGCUCGUGGCCUCUUUUGUUCCCACCACCUAUGAAAAGCGUCAAAGAGCAGAUGAUCCGUGUUAUUUUCAUGCCCUCUGCAUCAUUAUUACCACUCCCAUCUACUUGGCACUGUUGGUAGCCUCUCUUCCUUUUGCUCUGAUUGGCUUCUUGUUAUGGUCCCCUCUCCAGUCAGCCAGAAGGCCAUAUAUCUACUCCAGACUAAAAGACAAGAACCAUGCCAGUGGAGCCACACUGCUCACUGAAUGGAAGGCUGCAGGGAAUGGGAAAAGCUUCUGCUUUGGCAGUGCCAAUGUUUGCCUGCUGCCAGAUUCUCUGGCAAGAUUUAAUAAUGUUUUCAAUACACAGGCCAGGGCUAAAGAGAUUGGCCGGAGGAUCCGAAAUGGAGCAAGCAGACCACAGAUCAAAAUAUAUAUAGAUUCUCCUACCAACACAUCCAUCAGUGCAGCAAGUUUUAGCAGCUUGGUCUCCCCCCAGGGUGGAGAUAGCACUAAUCGUACUGUUAAUGCUGGCAUCAAAAGGACAACAUCGAUGGAGUAUAAGGGAGACAAUUCUGGCUCAAACAACAGUGACGACAGCAGAGAAGGUAAAAGUGGAGCUGGAGAGCCAAAUGAGGGAGAAGAAAACACCUGCAUUGUCCGCAUAAAUGGAGAGGAUAAUGGCCACGUGUCAGACACAGAAACAGAUACCGUCAAUGGCCAGGCUCAUGCCAGCGGCCCAGCAGAGCCCUCCCUGGAAGGUGAUACUGAGAUCUCAAAAACCCCGAACCACAAGCAGAAGGAAGGAGAUUCUGGGAGUUUAGACAGCUACUCUGCCUCACGAGAGUCCUUAGUUAAAGUUCGUGUUGGAGAUGGCACAGUCGACCAAAGCACUGUCAACAACAAGCUCCUCUACAAAGCUUCAAUCAUGAAGAAGACUUCAGUGCGGAAAAAGAAACAUACAGAUGAGACCUUUGAUCAUGAGAUCUCUGCUUUCUUCCCUGCCAACUUGGACUUUCUGUGUUUGCAGGAAGUGUUUGACAAAAGAGCUGCAGAGAAAUUGAAAGAACAGCUUCAUCACUAUUUUGAAUACAUUGUCUAUGAUGUUGGGGUCUACAGUUGCCACAGCUGCUGUAGCUUUAAGUUUGUGAACAGUGGUCUACUUUUUGCCAGCCGCUAUCCUGUUAUGGAUGCUGCCUAUCACUGUUACCCCAAUGGAAGAGGAAUGGACUCCUUGGCUUCCAAAGGAGCCUUGUUUCUCAAGGUGCAAGUGGGAAGUACACCUCAGGACCAAAGAAUUGUGGGAUACAUUUCCUGCACUCACUUGCAAGCUAUUGCAGGAGAUACUACUGUUCGAUGUGAGCAACUGGAUAUGCUUCAAGAUUGGCUGUCUGAAUUCAGAAAAUCUACCUCCUCCUCCAGUACAGCCAAUCCAGAGGAGCUGGUGGCUUUUGAUGUCAUCUGUGGAGAUCUCAACUUUGAUAACUGCUCCUCUGAGGACAAGCUGGAGCAACAGCAUUCUCUGUUUACACACUACAAAGACCCAUGUCGAAUUGGUCCUGGGGAGGAUAAACCAUGGGCAAUUGGUACCUUGUUGGAUCCUGAAGGACUGUAUGACGAUGAAGUGUGCACUCCAGAUAACCUACAGAAGGUGCUGGAAAGUGAAGAAGGAAGGAAAGGAUACUUAGUCUUUCCCACCACCAAGAACCACAGUUCCAGUCAAAAGGGGAGGAAGGCAUCAUUGAAAGGAAAUGGGAGGAGGAUUGACUAUAUGCUCUAUACUGAAGAAGGUCUCUACCUGGAGUGGAAAGUGGAGGUGGAAGAGUUCAGCUUCAUUACCCAGUUAGCAGGCUUGACAGACCACCUACCAGUAGCAAUGCGUCUCAUGGUGUCUACAGGAGAAGAUGACCCUUAAAACUGACCAGCUUUGAGAGAUGAGAAGAGGGAAGUGUUAAUGAUAUUAAAAAAAUAUCAGAGGAUAGAACGAACUAUUCUGGUGCCACGUUAGGAAAGAUGACCAGACCUGACCCAGCUACUUCCAGAAUGUUCCAAUGAUGGCGGAUAUGAAAAGGGAAGAAAUUGAAGGGGUUUUGGCCAAAAGCCACUGUCACAAGUUGCUCAGGCAACAGGGCAGGCCUCUACUCCAAUGCUUUCACUGUGGACCGAACGGAACCAAGAUGGAAGUCCUAAUUCCUUCUGAACCAGUGCCAUUCUUACUAAAACAUGUUUUUAUACUAAUAUAUAGCACAAUUUAGUUUGUAAUUAGUCUGUGAGUAGUGCUGCUCAAUGGUUUUUUUGCAUAAUUUCUUUGUAUAACUAAGAAGCUAAAGCUUUUUUUCUUUUUUUUAGCCUGUUAAAGUUGUAGUAGCGUGCUUGCAUCAGUAGCAUGCGCCCGCACUGCAUGCCACUCUGAGAUAAAGUAGUAAGAUACCAUGGGGAAUAUCAGAAUGGAAGUGAGUUCAAAAAUCCAAUACCAGCCAAAGCAAGGCAUUCUGGGACUGGCAAACUUUCUGUCAUUAAGGAUAAACCUAAAACAAACAACUCCCUUCAAUUUGCAGACCAGUAUCUUCCUAUCCAAUUUAAGGACAGUUAACAGUAUUUGGAAUUAAGACUUUAAGAACACGGUUCUACCCUUAUUCCAACUGUGUUCCCUAUGAAAUUAUGAAGUGUUUUUUUCUGAAUAAUUACUGCAGAAUUGGGCCUUUAGUUUUCUAAGCGCAACUUAUUCCCUUAAACAGCAGCAUAGGUCCCCUGAAAUGUCUUUUCUUUCUUUCUUUCUUUCCUAUACACGGUGCAGUUCUGAAUCAUGGUAUGGGAUGACAUGUAUGUUACAGUAGAGUGAAUAGAUUCCUGUAGUACCAUUGGUAACACCAGAGCCCACAUUCUGCCUUAGCUAGAAAGAGUAAGUGGGAAAUAGCUUGUAAAAUGCAUGCUAGAUAUAAACUAAAUGUCAGUGACAUUUUGGGGAAAAAAGUGUAGAACAGUGUAUGAUUGGUAAGGCAGGAUAACCUAGCAAUUUUCCAAAGGAAUCGGUACACUUGAAGGGAGAGUGUGGCAUGGCUAGCUACUGGAGAAUAGACCUGUGGCUCUCAGCCUUGGGUAACUACUUCCCACGGGCAGAGGGUUUAUGUCUGUGAGACAAUUCUCCAUUUGUUACGCGCUCAGACUUCAAUAGAGGUCUUGCCAUCUAAUUUCUAUCUUCUUUCCACUGCAGCUCUUUAAAUGUGGGGCUCCACUCUGCCACCUUUUCCGCAUGGCCUGACCUACCCAGCCUCUGUAACCUAAACAAAAAUGAAAAGCUGGGAAUGAGGUUUAUAAUGAGACUUGGCAUUUUUAAAAGGAUUUAAAUUCAGAAGAGUUUGUGUUGCUGGGAAAACAAUGAGACCCCUUGCGUGUUAAUCUCUACUUAGCAUGAAAAUUGAACAGGAAGUAGGCAGAAGAAACUAUUUCUGAUUACACUGCAAAUUCCCUAUGUUAAAAAAAGAAGUCAAUCUAAUACUUCCUUAUUACAUUAAGUGAACUGUUUUAAUUACACUGGCCACAAACUCCUGAAGAUGCCCUUGUUUUAGUUUGGCUUACAUCUGCUAGGAGUGAGUUUGAGCUAAAUCAAAAUAGAUUUAAACUAGAAAUCCCUGUCUGUACAGCCUCUGCAACUGGCUUAAUUAUCUACAGUAAACAGAGAACUUCUAGUUAUAUCAGCCUGAUUUUGCAAGUAGAGAAAACUCAUAAAAGUUCUGGACUCACAGUAUUGGCUAAUUCCAAGUAGGUGUAGGCCACUUCUCACGCUCUCCCACUGCACCUGGUCUUGACACAUUUUAUGCCUCAUUUUCCAGUCCUGGCAUCCCUUCAGCUGAGACUGCCUCUUAAAAGUGGACAGUGCCAAACCACAGGGUAGGCUGCAGGCAUAACCCAUGGAGAAUAAAAAUGGAACCAGACUCAAUUUCCCUUUUUGAUAAAAUUAGGAAUUCAAGUUUAUAGCAUCAGGGACUGUAGUGUACUAUCUGAGGGCACCACCAGUUUCCCACUUUGUAUGUUUCUCUUUAUACAGAGGAUGCACGUAUGUGCAAUGUGUUUUUCUUAUCUCUCCACCCAAUUCAGAAAGACUUGUCCCCAAAUCAAUGCUUUUAAUCCUAUUUUCUACCUUGCUUGUAUUUUAUUAACCUUUUUUAAAAACCCAAACAGUAUCAGUAGCAAUUUGUGAGCUGUCCAACAGCUAUUUCUCAGUAGUAAGAUUAAAUAUAAGGUACAGUAUUUUUAACAGCUUUCCUAACAAUGUAAAUUACAAUUUGAUAUCAACUUCAGUAAGUAUCAGUUGCAGGAGCUGGAUUUGACACUGUGUGGGAUAUGAUCAUAAAACUACUGCCAACCACUGUUACAUUUACAGUAAAACCUACAUGGUAUAAAUUACUUCUAAAUUAGUUCUGUGGCUUUAUGCUGACUAAAAACCAGGCACUUUUGUCAACUUUUUGAGAUACGCUGAGAAAUAUUUUUUUCAAAUUUGAAGUAAACUGUUUUAGAUUUUGAUGGUCUUAAUUUCUCAGUGAUCAAGGAAUGGAUAGUUGUAAAAUGUUCGCUUUAAACACUACACAUACACUUAAUCAGUCUAGGUAGUUCUUACUAAUAUACUGUCUUAAGGAUCUAACUGCAAGAGAGUGAUGCUGGGAGGUACAGCAUUGUGGCACCACAGCAGAGAUGCUCCUUGCUAUUUUUGCAUUGAUCCCGUGCCUUCUGAUGCCUUGGUAUGCUUGCAGGAGUCAGGGAGCAUAUGUACCAAACUGUAACCAACAGGCUUUCCUUUGCAGAAGAGUAAUGUCCU